AUGGCCGGUCUCUUCAAGGGUAUCCAUGGGGUCGUUCAAGAUAAGACUGGAGUCGCUGCAGGUGAUGUUCAGGAGGCAGUAACCGCUGUUGGAGAAAUUCCAAAGGGUAUUUUGGACAUCAUUGCCAACGACAAAAAGGAGCCGCAGCUGAUCUUGCAUGUUUACUCGUACAGUCGGGAGAGUAGGCUGAUCAAGGAGAAAUGCUGUCUACCGUUCAAGAAUGUGAAAGAUGAAGAGAUGCAGCUCACGGAUAUCCGCAAGCUGCUGAUUGGAGAGAAUAUCUUGGAGCCGAGACUUGUUUGGAGCUCUUUCUGCAACCAACGUGGAGCAGUUGUGCAGGAUAUCACGAAUUUCAAGGCAUAUCUCCAGAUUUUGAACGAGAAGUCCAGUGAGGUUGCUGUAAGUAGCACCAUACCAUUGAUCAGAAUUAGCGCUAUGUGCUCAUGGCUUAGGAGCAAAGGUCACUACCGACGUAUGUGA